AUGGACUACACUCAGUAUCACGCGCUGGGCCACGGCGAGCCCCUCGAUCCCAACGACCCCAAUAAGACGUCGGCCCCGGCUCCCCAGCAGUUCCAGCACUCGGUUCCUCCAUCGCCAUACGCACCUCAGGCAGCCUUUGGCGCUCCUCAGUAUGGAGCUCACCAGGGCAUGCCGCCGCCGCGAACUCCCGGCUACGGGCCUCCGAUGACUCCAGGCUACGGGCCGCCAAUGACCCCAGGCUAUGGACCGCAGACUCCGGGCUAUGGUCCGCCGCAGAGCUUUCCUGGAUCGCCAAUGCCGUCGCAGGAUGGUGCCCUUGCAGCACAGCUUGGGGGGAUGAACUUGGGUGCCGAUGCGGGGGGUGCCGCCUCCGCAAGGAAGAAGAAGAAGGAUAGACACGCCUACCAUUCCGUUGAGCCGACUGGCUCGUCACAGGCCUUCAAUGGGCUGCCGCCAGGGACGCCUGCCGAGCAGUUCCUCAAUGUCAACAACCCGCAGGGAAUUCCGGCUCUGGGAGGACAGUUUGCAAGCCCUCUGGCAAGCCCUCUGGUGGCCAAUCCAAACCAAUUCCCGGUGCCUGUCGGAGCUCCAUUCUCUCCCGCAAACCUCGCUACAUCACACGAACUUGCUGAACGCUACCUUACUGCCGACGACGAUGACGAGCCCAUCGGGCCACCUACGGGGCCUGUGGGCUCCGGCGGCCAGCUUUCGGCUGACGAUAUGCCCAGCGUACCGGCUGCAAGAGACUCGAUCCAACAGCACUUCUUCAAGAACGUGUAUCCGACGUUUGAGCGCCAUGUUCCUCCUCCUGCAACAGUCUCGUUUGUUGCUUUUGACCAGGGCAAUUCCUCCCCUAAAUAUACUCGACUCACGCUAAACAAUAUUCCAACAACGUCCGAGGGUCUACACGCGACUGGUCUGCCUCUUGGCAUGCUCAUUCAGCCCCUGGCUCCCCUCCAGGCCGGCGAAGCAGAAAUUCCCGUUCUUGACUAUGGAGAAGCCGGCCCGCCACGUUGCCGAAGAUGUCGAGCCUACAUCAAUCCCUUCAUGAUGUUCCGAUCUGGCGGCAACAAGUUUGUGUGUAACCUCUGCUCAUACCCCAACGACACGCCGCCAGAGUAUUUCUGCGCUAUUAGCCCUCAAGGAGUGCGGCUAGACCGAGAUCAACGACCGGAGCUUCACCGGGGCACUGUCGAGUUUGUUGUCCCCAAGGAGUACUGGACCAGAGAGCCCGUCGGCCUCCGGUGGCUGUUUGCCAUCGAUGUCACCCAAGAGUCGUAUAACAAGGGCUUCGUAGAGACAUUCUGUGAAGGUAUUCUCUCAGCACUGUACGGAGGAGACGAUGAAGAAAAAGAUGAGAAUAAUGAGCCGAAGCGAAGGAUACCCGAGGGAGCCAAAGUUGGCUUCAUCACAUACGACAAGGACAUUCAUUUUUACAACAUCAAUCCACAGCUUGACCAGGCCCAUAUGAUGAUUAUGCCCGAUUUGGAGGACCCAUUCCUUCCUCUCGGCGAGGGACUCUUUGUUGAUCCUUACGAAUCAAAAGCCAUCAUCACCUCUCUGUUAACUCGUCUUCCUGAGAUGUUUUCUACCAUUAAAAACCCAGAGCCUGCUCUGCUUGCUACGCUCAACUCCGCUGUGGCUGCGCUAGAGGCAACAGGAGGCAAGGUAAUUUGCUCUUGCUCUAGUUUGCCAACUUGGGGCCCUGGUAGGCUGUUCAUGCGUGAUGACGGCAACCACCCCGGCGGCGAGCUGGACAAGAAGCUGUACACGACGGAGCAUCCUGCUUGGAAGAAAGUCGCCGAGAAGAUGGCCUCCUCAGGAAUUGGCAUUGACUUCUUCCUUGCUGCGCCGUCUGGCGGUUAUCUGGACGUUGCCACCAUUGGCCAUGUUGCCGCAACAACUGGUGGCGAGACUUUUUACUACCCCAACUUCAUCUCUCCGCGAGAUGGAGCCAAGCUAUCAAUGGAGAUUACGCAUGCCGUCACAAGAGAAACGGGCUACCAGGGGCUCAUGAAGGUCCGCUGUUCGAAUGGACUGCAAGUGGAGGGGUACCAUGGCAACUUUGUCCAGCAUACGUUCGGCGCCGAUUUGGAGAUUGGCGUCAUUGACGCGGACAAGGCGCUCGGUGUAUCCUUUAGCUACGACGGCAAGCUGGACCCGAAGCUGGAUGCCCAUUUCCAGACGGCUCUUCUGUACACUGCCGCUUCUGGACAGCGGCGCGUACGAUGCUCCAACGUCAUUGCUAGUGUUAGUGAUACGUCCAAGGAGUCAAGUACCAAGGAACAGGCCAUCCGACAGUGCAUGAAGUUUGCUGAUCAGGAUGCCGUUAUUGGUAUCCUGGCCAAGGAGGCUAGUACCAAGCUGGCAACAACCUCGAGCAAUCUCAAGGAUAUCAGAAAUUGGUUGACAGAGCGAACAAUUGAUAUCAUGGCCAGCUACAGGAAGCACUCUGCGAACCAAUACCCGCCAGGCCAGCUAGUUAUGCCCGAGAAGCUCAAGGAGUACUGCAUGUACAUGCUAGGUCUCCUGAAAUGCAGAGCAUUCAAGGGUGGCGUCGAAAAUUCUGACCGGAGAGUCCACGAUUUGCGCAUGGUCAGAAGCAUGGGACCUUUGGAGCUUAGCUUGUAUAUCUACCCCAGGAUGAUUGCUCUUCAUAACCUUCAGCCUGAGGAAGGAUUUGCAGAUGCAGAAACUGGCCACCUCAAGCUGCCGCCUUCUGUUCGGGCAUCAUUCUCGCGCGUCGAGCCCGGCGGUGUUUAUUUGGUAGACAACGGACAACAGUGUUUGCUGUGGCUCCACGCACAGACAUCACCAAACUUGAUCACCGACCUAUUUGGUGAAGGCCACGAUUCGCUCAAGGGCUUGGACGCCUACACAUCAUCGCUACCGGUGCUGGAAACCCAUCUCAGCGCUCAGGUCCGCAACAUUCUUGAGUUUUUGAAGAGCAUGAGGGGAUCAAAAGGUUUGACAAUACAGCUGGCGCGCCAGGGAAUUGACGGAGCGGAGUACGAGUUUGCACGAACGUUGGUGGAAGAUCGAAACAACGAAGCGCAAAGCUACGUUGACUGGCUCGUACACGUUCACCGGGGAGUGCAGCUUGAGUUGAGCGGACAGCGUAAGAAGGAUGAUGGAGAAGCAACGGCUGUGAUGGCUAACUUUGCGGGACUGAGGCCGUCGUACUGGUAA